AUGGCAACAGCUGGUGAGGAACGAGGCGUUGUAAAAGCUCGUUUUGCGCUUGUGUUGAUGCGCAGAGAUGAUUGGCUCAAUGACGGGGCAGCUCAGCAACCGAUUGGCUCUUGUUGCCAACUGGAUCUGUUCUGCGAGCGGGCGGUCACCCUGAUCGUGGACCUCUGUCUGGACGAGAGCCCGCUGCUGGACACACACACCUGCCAGGAUUUCCUGCUGAUGCUGACCACACACACACACAGCCCGCAAACAGAUCAGAGGGUUGCAGAUCUGCAGUUCAGCCUGCUCCUGCUGCUCUUCUGUGUGUGUGGCGUUGCGUUGCUAGGCGUGGUCUCCUUGGCGUCCUGGAAACUCUGCUGGUUACCGUGGCGACAGAACAUUCCCCCUGACUCCGCCUCCGCUGCCCUCGCUCUGCCCGCCCCCCCACUUGAGCCCCCUUAUCCUGCCCCUAACAACAGGUCCCGCCCCUUCAGCAUGGCGGACGAGAGAGGAAGAAAGGAUUCUGGGAGUUUCCUGGAGGCGGCGGUUAAGAUAAGCCACACCUCCCCGGACAUCCCCGCCGAGGUGCAGCUCUCCAUGAAGGAACACCUGCUGAGGAGAACCAGGAUAUCACGACAGACCACGGAGCCAGCAUCCUCUAACAGGCACAGCUCGUUCAAGAAGCACCUGCCUCGCCAGAUGCACCAUGUGAGCAGCCUGGACGCAGGGGGCGGAGACUUCCUGGAGGCGGGCUAUGAGGCCAGAGGGGCGGGGCUUGGAAGCCUCAGACCAGAGCUGUACUGCAGCGAAAACACAAAAAGUGGCAGUGGUGGGGGCAGCAGUGGUAAUGGGGGGUGUGAGGGCCCGGCGUGCGGUAAGAUCAACUUCUCACUGCAUUACGACCACGAGGGGGAACAGCUGUGCGUCCGCAUCAUACGGGCGCUUGACCUUCCCGCCAAGGAUCUCUGCGGAUCAUCAGACCCCUAUGUCAAGAUAUACCUGCUGCCCGACCGCAAACGCAAGUUCCAGACGCGUGUGCACCGGAAGACAUUGAACCCGACCUUCGACGAGAGCUUCCUGUUUCCUGUGGUGUAUGACGAGCUCGGCCAAUCAAAACUGCACCUGAGUGUGUUCGACUUUGACCGCUUCUCGCGGCACGACAUGAUCGGAGAGGUCGUCAUGGAGAACCUGUUUGAGGAAUCCGACCUCUCGCGUGAGACCUCCAUCUGGAGGGACAUACAGUAUGCAACCAGUGAGAGUGUGGAUCUGGGUGAGAUCAUGUUCUCUCUCUGCUACCUGCCGACGGCCGGGCGCCUGACCCUCACGGUCAUCAAGUGCAGAAACCUGAAGGCCAUGGACAUUACUGGCUACUCAGACCCGUAUGUGAAGGUGUCUCUGAUGUGUGACGGGCGCCGUCUGAAGAAGAAGAAGACGAGUACGAAGAAGAACACCCUGAACCCGGCCUUCAACGAGGCCAUCAUCUUCGACAUCCCACCGGAGAACAUGGACCAAGUCAGCCUGCACAUCUCCGUCAUGGACUAUGACCUGGUGGGACAUAACGAGGUGAUCGGUGUGAAUCGGGUGGGGAGCCGAGUGGAGGGUUUGGGUCGCGACCACUGGAACGAGAUGCUGGCAUACCCACGCAAACCCAUAACCCACUGGCACUCGCUACUCGAGCCCAAGAAGACGGAAAAAGAGUGGAAGGCCCGCACAGCCAGUUUUGACAGCCAGGGCUCCUGCCCCUCCCCCCGCCUCCCCUCCAGCCCCUGA